GCUUAAAAAUCAAGUGAAUGCCUGUUGUGAAAAAGAGCUUACUCUUUCUCUUUGUCAGUACUUGCAAAAACAACUUAAAAGAAGUUAGUAUUAUUGGACUGAAGUCAAUAAUUAGCAUAAUCAUGAUGCUAUGUAUUGUUCACAGAGCACGCCCCUUGGCCAGAUUUCCCAUUAAGAGGACACCGACGUUGUCCUAGUGAAUAAAUCCCGGCACACAUGAUGCAUAGCAGCGAGUUCCUGCCUGCUGCGCCGGGGCAGUUAAUUUUAGCCAGGAUUUGUUCUAUGAGUUGUAAAACUGUUUACCCAAGUAGAAGUUAGUAAGCUGAAAUGUGACUUCUCGGCCUAGUGUGAUGGGAUAUCUAUUUUAGACUUCAGAUUGUGUUUAUGAUCCGGAGAGCAGUCUUCUGAAGAAUUGCUGCUCAGAUUUCCUUUGAAAGUACUUGAGGAGACAUCACAGCUUUCCCAGAUUGGGAGGAAAAAUAUGGAAUGUGUUUUACUGCUGACUGAACACAACCAAAUGAACUGUACUGACAGGAGUUUGAAAACCAGCAGUUAGCAGUUUGUUUAGGCUCUGACAUUGUCCAGCACUUUCCAGAGCAAACUCAGUUUACAAGAACCCUCGGCCUUACGACGUUUAUAACCUCAAGCUUCAUUUAUUUAAAAUAUUUCUGCAAAAGAAAAGUACCUGGAGCCCACUUUCCAACAUGGCCAUGGAUGAGUAUUUGUGGAUGGUCAUUUUGGGUUUUAUCAUAGCUUUUAUCUUGGCAUUUUCUGUUGGUGCAAAUGAUGUUGCCAAUUCAUUUGGUACUGCUGUGGGCUCUGGCGUGGUGACCUUGAGACAGGCGUGCAUUUUGGCUUCAAUAUUUGAAACCACCGGCUCAGUGUUGUUGGGAGCCAAAGUAGGAGAGACCAUUCGAAAAGGUAUCAUUGAUGUGAACCUGUACAACGAGACAGUAGAAACACUAAUGGCUGGGGAAGUUAGUGCAAUGGUUGGUUCAGCUGUUUGGCAGCUGAUUGCGUCCUUCCUGAGACUCCCGAUCUCGGGAACUCACUGCAUCGUUGGCUCCACUAUAGGGUUCUCACUUGUUGCCAUCGGUACAAACGGCGUGCAGUGGAUGGAGCUUGUCAAGAUUGUUGCUUCUUGGUUUAUAUCUCCACUGUUGUCUGGUUUCAUGUCUGGCGUGCUGUUUGUACUGAUCAGAAUUUUCAUCUUAAAUAAGGAGGACCCUGUUCCCAAUGGCCUCCGGGCACUUCCAGUGUUCUAUGCUGCUACAAUAGCAAUAAAUGUAUUUUCCAUCAUGUACACAGGAGCACCAGUGCUCGGUCUGGUCCUUCCCAUGUGGGCCAUAGCGCUCAUCUCCUUUGGGGUUGCGCUGCUGUUCGCCCUCUUUGUGUGGCUCUUUGUGUGUCCGUGGAUGCGGAGGAAAAUAGCAGGCAAAUUACAAAAAGAAGGUGCUUUAUCGCGAGUCUCUGAUGAAAGCCUCAAUAAAAUUGAGGAAGUGGAGUCCCCAGUGUUUAAAGAGCUACCAGGUGCCAAGACCAGUGACGACAGCACAGUCCCUCUCACGGGGCCGGCGGGGGACACGGCUGGGGCCUCGGAGGGCGUCUCGGCGGGAAACCACCCCCGGGCCUCCUACGGAAGGGCGCUUUCCAUGACUCACGGCUCUGUGAAAUCGCCCGUCUCCAAUGGCACGUUCGGCUUUGACGGCCACACGAGGAGCGACGGUCACGUGUAUCACACCGUGCACAAAGACUCGGGGCUCUACAAAGACUUGCUGCACAAGAUCCACACAGACAGGGGCCCCGAGGAGAAGCCGGCACAGGAGAACAGCUAUCGGCUGCUGCGACGGAACAACAGCUACACUUGCUACACCGCAGCCAUCUGUGGGCUGCCGGUACACGCGACUUUCAAAGCUGCUGACCCGCCGUCCGCGCCAGAGGACAGCGAGAAGCUGGUGGGGGACACUGUGUCCUACUCUAAAAAGAGACUUCGCUACGACAGCUACUCGAGCUACUGCAACGCGGUGGCAGAGGCUGAGAUCGAGGCGGAAGAGGGAGGUGUGGAGAUGAAGCUGGCGUCGGAGCGGGCAGACCCUGAGCAGCCUCCAGAGGACGCUGCGGAAGAGGAGCGGGAGGAGAAGGACACAGCCGAGGUCCACCUCCUGUUCCACUUUCUGCAGGUCCUCACUGCGUGCUUUGGAUCCUUUGCUCAUGGGGGCAAUGACGUGAGUAAUGCCAUCGGUCCCCUGGUAGCUUUGUGGCUGAUUUACCAACAAGGCGCAGUCCUGCAGGAAGCGGUUACCCCCGUCUGGCUGCUGUUUUACGGAGGAGUUGGAAUUUGUACAGGUCUCUGGAUUUGGGGGAGAAGAGUGAUCCAGACCAUGGGGAAAGACCUCACUCCCAUCACACCGUCAAGCGGCUUCACCAUUGAGCUGGCCUCGGCAUUCACCGUGGUGAUCGCCUCCAACGUCGGGCUUCCCGUCAGCACCACGCACUGCAAGGUGGGCUCGGUGGUGGCCGUGGGCUGGAUCCGCUCCCGGAAGGCCGUGGACUGGCGCCUCUUCCGGAACAUCUUUGUGGCCUGGUUUGUGACUGUCCCUGUGGCUGGGUUGUUCAGUGCUGCUAUCAUGGCGCUCCUCAUGUACGGGAUCCUUCCAUAUGUGUGAUUUGUCUUCUUCCCGCCGGUAAACAGGGGUAGUCUGCUGUGGGUCUGUGUGAGAGGCGUGUACCCACACUUCACCCCCGUACGUGCGUCCUGCCCACACACAGGCUGUCUCCCAGCCAGCUUCUCCGUGUCCCUUUCAGGUGGUUCCAAACCACACUGUUCACCUAGGCUGUAGAGGGUCAUCCUUCAGAGCUAACUUAACUACUGUACAUACUAAUGUGUGUUAAACUGGUGUCGUGGUGAUAUAACGUGGUGCAGUUACUUAUAUAUUAAAUAUAUAUUG